UUUCUUAGGACGUUUAAGCGAAGCGGCAUUGGGAUUGUCGUUUUUGGCCUUGGAAACGGAGUAGUAGGCGAACCAGAAGAAGAAGUAUUCGAAGACGUUGAGCUGGAUUUGGGAGGGGGAAGGGGAGGGCUUGAAAAGGGAGUGGCAGAUAUCGGAGAGAAGGCGAGAAUCAGCGGCGUUGUUUUUGUAUCGGAGGCCCUUCGUCGUGCUAAGUUCAAGUUCCUUGGUCGUCAAAAGAUCAUUGUUAGCAGGAAGUGGGGUUUCACCAAGUUUAGCCGUUCUGAUUAUCUCAAGUACAAGUCAGAGAACAUGAUUGUGCCUGAUGGUGUGAAUGCUAAGCUUCUUGGGUGCCAUGGACCACUGGCAAAUCGUCAACCUGGAAGAGCUUUUCUGACGAGUGCUACUGCUUAAAUGACCGUUACUUGGCAAAAGUGGACUUUGGCUAAUAGUUGUGUUCGACUCAAUUCAAGUUUCUUAUUUAUUGUACCCGUAGUAUAUUGAGUUUAUCUUAUCUUUUACAAACCAUCAUGAAUGGAAUGAGUAGUAUAUUGCAUGUGA